AUGAAUGAACUAAAGGAGCUAAGUAAGAAGGUGAGAGAAAACACCAUCGUCAAAAAAGAGGAAAAGAAAAAUGAACCGGAAAUAAAAAACCUAUUUGAAAACUUCCUGAGCAACAACUCGAUAAAUUACCUGAGCUCUUUUAUAAACAAAACGAACGGGGUUGAUAAACCGGGGGAGAAUGACGCAGGGGAAGGAACUCCACAGGGAAGGGGGGACCAUUUGGAAAACGCGCGUCGUAGUGGGGUGAAGCAGGCAUGCGGUGAACCCACUGCUGAGCAAGGAACGCACCCACAGGACGAUGCCCCACCUGGUAAGAAGCACCUUACCGAGAAAAGGAAAAAAAACAAAGACGAUUCAGAAGGACACAUCGCGGAAAACAAAAAUGUAAGCCACAUAAAUGUGAAGAAGAUCCUACAGAACAAGAAGAACGUCGAUGUUAAAGACUUGAACAAACUAAUUAACUAUUUUAAUGAUGAAAUAAUGGAGAGAAGUAAAAAGCUGGAAAGGUUCAUGAACAAAAAUAAAAUAAAAAAUGAUUAUAGUGAGCAAAUUUUAAUGAUAGAAAAAUUUAACAGAGAAAUGAGAAUUAUUGAAAAAAAAUUUUCCCAGAAGGAGGAGGAACCCUUGUAUCAGAUGUAUUUAAUGAAAAAGGAAAAAAAAAGUUACGAAUCGUUAGUCUUUUUUAAAAACUUCUUUAACUGUUUAAAUAAUUAUCUUCACCUUUUAGACAAAGCGGAAACAAAUUAUAAAAAAUUAAAAAUAUGGAAGAUGUUACUUUACCUGCGUAAUUGUAAGACGCACAUUUUGUUAAUAAGGGCCAUUUUUAAGUCUGUAAAAGAGGGGAAUGUAGAUAGUGAAGCUGCGAAAGUGAAGCAGACACAGCUCAACAUGGAAGAGGGCACCCCUUCGAAUGGCUCUCCCCAGUUCAAUGACGCCACACCAUUGGAAAAAUCGAACGAAGCGGAAAAGUUUAAAAAUGUGUUGGGGAACAAGACAAACGGUGAUGACAUCCCCACAGAUAACCACAUGGACAAAAAAAUGAUGGAAGAUUUGAAAAAUAUGUUCCUAAAGGAUUCACCUGAACAGGCGCAAAAUGAAAAGGCCACCCCGCUUAUGAAGGAAAUAAAAAUGAAGUACGAUAAUCUCCUUAACAAUUUAAGAUGCAUCGUCCGAGUUACUUUCGAGAAAAUGUUUCUCUUCAACGGGAAUAUAAAAAUAUAUAAGCAUAUCUGUCUGAACCCUAGAGAUAUAUUUUCGGAAAACGAAGAAAGCAUUCAGAUUCAGGGGCAAAAAAUUUCCUACGUGAUGUUUUGGCAUAUGGCUUACAUCAUGAAAAUGCACAGGAAGUACUUGGAGGAAAUAAAAAAGCAUUUAUUUUUUAACCUCUUCAAAUUUAUGGUCCUGUUCUAUUGUCUUGCCAAAAAUGUGAAUUGGAAAAAGGACGGGAAAGUUGGUCUGGGUGGGGCAGAUGACUUGAAGAGUGACGAAGGGAAGGGGAAACAAGAAGCUGACAAUAGAGGUGCUACGCUUGAGUUGGGCUUCGGUACUGCCGUUGAGAGGGAAAAGGGGACAGAGCACGCCAACUUCUUCGCCGCGUUGUCGCGCUGUUUAUUCGAGUUUCACGCCGUGGCGGAGUUGCUAUUUGUGGAGAGUACGAAGAAAGGCAGGGGUAGGGGCGAACCAGGAAAAGUGGACGAAACGGGAAGAAGCGGCAAAGCAGAGGAAGCGGGCAGAAGCGGCAAAGCAGAGGAAGCGGGAAGAAGCGGCAAAGCAGAGGAAGCGGGAAGAAGCGGCAAAGCAGAGGAAGCGGGCGAAACGGGCAGAACGGACAAAAGGGGUGAAACCCUCCCCCUCGACAUUGCGAUUGAGGAAGGGGCGCACGCGGGCGAACUGAAAUGCGCAUUCGACUUCUACUUCGGUGGCCAAAAAGGGGAAGAAAAUGGAAGCGAAACGUAUUUUGUGGAAUACGAAUUGGAGGCACGUGAGCAGGGCAGGCUGAACAACAUGAAGGAGAAAAUAAGGACCAAGUACGAACAGAGCAAGUGCGAACAGGGCAUGUAUGAACAGAGCAAGCACGAACAGAGCCUAUGCGAACAGAGCAAGUACGAACAUAGCAUGUAUGAACAGAGCCUAUGCCAACAAAGCAACGGCGAACACGUGGGGAGAGGCAACGGAAGUGAGCCCCCCAAUGGGUGGACCUCCUUCUCCCACUACAUGCUGAACAGACAGUUGAAUGAAAACCUCUUUACCUAUUUUCACCAAAUAAAUAAAAAGAGAAAUAAUUUCAGCCACCUUUUCGAUGUGUACUUUAUGUACAGAUGGAAGAAAGAAGAAAAAAAAUUCGAUCAACUGGUUCAGAAAAUUUUCCAAAAAAAUUUUCAACAUUACCUUGAUCAGAUUUACUCCGUCCUGAGGGAAAUGUUGCUUUUUAAAAAAGGGGGAGAAUACAUACUAGUAAAUUCCAGCGUGGAUGAUUAUCUGUACAAUAUCUUCUUUGAUGAGGAUAACAAUUACACUUUAAAAAAUGUGGAGGGGGUGACUUACCGUUCGGUUCUGCAAUUCGUUGAGGAGGGACAAGGUGCCUUGAGAAAAGCACUACAAGAAAAGGUUGACAAAAUAAUUGCGCAGAAAAAUAUGCACAGUAGGGGGAUCACCGGUGGGAGGACCCCCUGGGCAGAGGAAACUACUUGUGAUUGUGAGGACAUCCCUGGGGUAGGAAAAUCCAAGAAAGGGCUGCCCCUAUUUGGAGGUGUCAAGCAGACCGUUUUGAAUAAAAAAGGAGGGAAAGAUACCCCUGGGGGGGGAGGAUGCCAAGUGGGAAAUGUGGGCAAUGAAGAAGAGAAGAAAGAUAAGUGUGUGCAAGACGGUGAAGGAGACGUAGAGGAGACCCCCACGACGGAAAAGGAAAUCUUAAGAGUUAGCGUCCAACAGGAUCGCAUAGACUGUAUGCGCAUCCAUAAAAAUUUGCUCUACAUCGUUUUUGUAGUAUAUCGGAUUGUGCACUUUUCGUACGAAGUUUUGCUCGAUAUGAAGGGAGCAGAAUGGAGCCAUCACUCGGCAUACAAAAUCGAGGGGGAAAAAAUUGAAAAAAAUGAGGAGCAAAAAAGAAGACAAAUCAUUGCAAUUAAUAUAGUCCUAUUUUGCUACAAAAUUGUUAAAUAUAUUUAUGAUGCAUUUUUAAGUUAUUGCUUUUUCACAUUUCGAUUUUCUUGCUUUCCGAAGGUGCCAUGUGCAAAUGAAUUUCUGUUGAGCGUAAUUAAUGAUAAUAUAUUUUUAAAAAAGGUUUUGCAAAAUGUUCAUUCUGUUUUCUUGCACCAUCAGCAUUUGUUUAAUCUGUUCAUGUGUGCAGGAGAUAUCAUUUCUUUUAAAAAUGUAGACUUGAAAGGGGAUGGCGGUUUGUGGAAAAGGGGAAACAACGAAUGGGUAGACGAACAUCACAUAGAGGAUGAUCACAUUACAAAGAGUGAACAGAAGGAUAGAAGGGAUUUUAACUCAAAAAAUGCAAAAUUACAGGCAAAGGGAUAUUUUCUCGAAAGGAAUGGAAAAAAAAAAUCGAGUUAUCCCCCAAAAGAACACUUCCAUUGUAUAAACAAAAUUAGCCUAAUGAAGAAGAUUCACCUCUACAUUGACAAAUUUCAGAUAAAUUUGAAUUUUUUUAAAAAUAUGUUUGUCAAAAAUUAUAAGGAUAAAUUUACGCGCCUUCUCCAGAAGGAUACACUUUUCCUUGAGGAGCAAUUUUUAAUCAGCACAUCCAAAAUAGUGAAUAUCAUUUUUGAAUUUUUUCAAAUUCAGGACUUGUGCAAAAUUGCGCAUACGGAAAUUACCUUGCGUUUGGUUUACACGUUUACGAAGGAAAGGGGCAGAAUCGAUGAGGAUGAGCGACAACUCCUCUAUGACAAGUUUGUGUUCACUCAGAAUAGCUUGUCCUUCCUUUUGCGCAGCUACGGAGACAACUGCGGCGAACAGAAGAACCACGCGCAGCAGGAGGAAAAUUACUUUCUAAGAAUAACGGACGAGCUGCCCUUCAGUUUGACCAAUUUGAAAAAGAACAAGGCGCUGUUUUUACUCCUUUUCUGCAAAGUCAAGCAGAUCCUGAAUGCCAAAAAGGAGAUACUCGAAAUGCACGACCCGAAGAUGGUCCAGGCGUUGCUGGCCAGCAACCCCUAUGCUUAUGAGGACGAGAAUUACGACGCGAUCCUCAACGAGUUUAAGUGA